AUGCCGCGCGCGAGUGACGGCCUCUUCUCCCUCCUUGGAGUUGAGGAUUCCAAAGAUGCGGCUCAAGACUGGGACCGGGCUGAAUUUGCCAGGCGACCAGAGAAGGCGAUCCAGCGUACUCAGGAGUGGUGGCAGCACGUGUUUGGAGAAGAAGAAGUGGCCGGGAUCAACAAAUCGUAUGAGACGAAUCCGGAUUUCGCCUGGACAGUCGAAUUCGCGGUGUAUGGUCUGUUCCUGGCGGAUCUGUCCGUUCUGGGACCGGUAGAGAACGAGUUGGUAAUACUGGCCAGCGUAAUGGGUCAAGGCGCGCACAAUACCACUCGGUUCCAUCUACGGGGGGCCCGCCGCAUUGGUGUUAGCUCAAAGGAUGCGGCCGAAAUCCAGGGCGUUAUCGAGAUGGUUGCGAACCAUGAGGGCAAAGACUCGACUUCUUGGCCUCGAUUUCAAGAAGUCGAGCACCUGUUUCCAUAG